ACUUUGGAAGCCUCAGCGGUCAUCAUAGUUCCUUCAUAUUCACUGAGGUGGCUGUCUCCAGUCAGUGAGAUCCCGUGUUGUCCCAGGGAAUAUCUCGACCAACAAAAGCAUUCCACGUUGCAGCAAUUUUAUCAAUUGCUUCCCCUCGCUACGACAAAAUCAUGGCGCCGCCAGAUCCAGACACAUUUUUGGACUCGCUCUCCUACCUUUUCGAAGCCUGCCUGUUAAAAUACCACCAUGUCAUGGAGCGUUCAGUCCCCAAGAGGACCACAGUAGACCUGGACGUGCGCUUCCGCAUUGAGGAGAUGCGAUUGCGUCUGUGGGGGAGGCUACGGGGAUUCAAUGCCCCUCUCGACGAGGCCUUGAAGAGAAAUGAGACCCUGAACGUCCCCGAGAUUCUAAGCUUAGUUCGUCGUCUACUCAAGGACAUGCUCCAGCUGUUAAAGAAGCGGGAAGAGGAUAAUACGAGGCACCGCGCUAGACAGCACUCAGAGCGCUCAUCAGUUGAGAGCCGCUCGCUAGACUUGUCCUUGUCUGAAGCCAUGUACGCACAGAUGCAUCUCGAUUCAAGAGAAGGAAAUGACCACAGGCGCCGGGCCAGGAUGAAUACCAGCGCCAAAUCUGUCGCGUCGUUCGACAACAGAGUCGCAUUGAGGAAUCAGCUAACGGAGAUUAUUGCUGUGAAUAAUGAACUUGAAGCUCUGCUUUCACGAAGCGAGGCCUCUGCUCUGUCCCAGGGCCUGAUGGCAGAGAUUCUAUUCAUGACACUCAACUUGCCCAUUGUGAAGGAGGAUUCCUUUGGUCCACGCAAUGCCACCGUCGCGAAGGUCAUUCAGCUGCGUCAGAAAAACAAGACCAAUCUGACUGAAGAGCAUCGGAUGCCUUUUGAUGUUGCCCAACCUCGCAAUCCACACCCAGAGAGGGAUUUGGUGAUCCCAAUAUCCUUGCUGGUGGGGUUUGAAGAGCCUCAGCUGGCAUUUGGCGCUGACUUGCUGUGCUCCGGAAUGGGGUCGGACGCACCGGAUGUGCGGACUUUCUAUUAUCGCCAUACGGAGGGCGAAGAGCAGGGACAGUUUGUGCUUGCGGAAUGGCGAUCUCAAAAGACCGAAUCCCAGAAUUCGCUUAUCAACCAGGAGGCUCGCAUGGACCGGCGCCAACAUCUUGUUGGCCUUCUCCACCAGACCUUUUGCGCAAGUGCGGACUUUCGUAUACUCGACUGCGUGGGAUAUAUCCUCACAGAGGGACAGCUCCCUGACGGGAAUAAGCACCCCGUCGUGGGCUUCGUCUACAAUUAUCCCAUUAACGCAGCCUUCUUAGAACAGCCCAUGACCCUAAGACAGGUAAUGAACACAAGCUAUCAGUCUGAAAGGCCCGAUGUGCCAGAGCUCGAGGAUCGUCUCCUUCUUGCCCACAGGCUAUCCCUCGCUCUGUACCAGCUGCAUUGUGCUGGAUGGAUCCACCAGAGGAUAUCCAGCCACAACAUUUUAUUCUUCCACGAUGCAGAGAGUGGGAAGGUUGACAUCACGCAGCCUUACAUCUGUGGGUGGCGGUACAACCGGCCCGAUCAGUCAGGCGGAGGGGAGGCGUAUAGAACCAACCAAGGUGGCCCGGCAGCCAAUGGCCUUGCAGAUAUGGCGAUAUAUGUUCACCCGGACCGGAUCAGGGAAGCGCGGCAAUUUCGGAAAAGCCACGACAUUUAUAGUCUGGGAGUGGUUCUCGCCGAGAUUGCAUUCUGGAGGCCGGCCCUGGCGUUGGCAGAUCCUGGCCAUCAGAACGCAAUACGGUUGUGCGACCGUGACGAUCCUGGACGGUGGUCCAGGGCAUUGAUCGAUGCGGUUGCCAGGAGGAUUGGGGCCAGCGUGGGCGCCAGGUAUCGCGAUGCUGUCCUGGGCUGCUUGCGGGGACUGCGCCUCCAAUGCAUAGAGAGUCUGAUGGAUGUGAAGACAGUGAAGGAUCUGAAUGGCUUGGAGCCGGGGAUUGAGAAGGCGUUCUUCUGGAAAGUGGUAGAUGAGCUGAGGCAGGCGGCUCAGGUUUAGAUCUUUUCUUUUGGCUGCUUUGAUUAGCUCGGUAUGUAUUAAUUAGUAGAUGAUAGUAAUGAAUGGG